AUGACUGAAAACGCAGAUUACACUUUUAAAAUAUUAAUUAUUGGCGAGCCUUCUGUUGGCAAGACCGCAAUCAUGGAAAGAUACUGUGAAGGUAUUUUUCACGAGGAAUUGAUCUCGACAAUUGGUGUUGACUUUAAUUCGAAGCUUGUUAAGGUUGGUGACGUCACAAUCAAGCUACAACUUUGGGACACUGUUAUUACAGAGGCACACAAGGUUGUUUAA